AUGAACAAACAUGAAGAGCUUCUGAAAGAGUUCCAAGACAGGAACUUCUCGAAAGAGCAAACAGAGCCUAAGCCUAGAUGUAAUGUAUAUCUCUUAACAUCUGCAUGUUCCGGUUUUUUUCAAUCUACCGUCAGUAUGCCAGAUUCUCAGUCACAAGCCAGGCGGUCAGAAUCUGGAUCUACCGUCAGUGUGCCGGAAUCCGAAUCUAAUGGAGCAGAAUCCCGCUCACCAGCUGAGACGCCACCCGGAGGCCCACAAAAUUCUGCACCCGAGCCAGCCGUACCUCAGCCAUGUAACACAAUGUUCUCUUUUGGUGAUGGAUUAGGACUACCUAGAAGCCAGCCGCAGCAGAACAACCUCUUUGGUACGGGCAGCCCUAUCGUGAAAAGCGAGACACCCAUUCAACCACGUCCUCCCUCCCUUGAACUUAUCUUUCCGGCUGCCUCUACGUCCGCUAAAAGUACAAUAACCCCUUCUCCGACCCUCUUUGGCUUCAGCCGCCCCACAUUCCAAUCUGAUCACCUUUUGGCUGGCCUCUCUCUUAUGCUCCGUGUACGUGCAGAGCCACCCAAAUCUGAGACUGUAGAGAUUCACACCCACGUCAACCUCGCUUUGCAGGUUCCCUUCCUCGAAAAGAAGCUGAAAGACCGACUCAAAGACGUACAUCCUACAAGCCGGAUCGUAUUAGACUUCGACCUUGAAUCCGAAGAUAUCGUGCUGUGGAUGCUGGAAUUCCUAUAUCGUGACUCCGUUGGCGUCACUCGUAACCUCCGCAUCCCCACUGGAACUUCUGAUAUCAUGAUGAAUAUCCGCGCGAAGCUGGUGUCUACUAGCGUCCAAAAACUUUGUCGCCUCUGGGUCUUGGCAGCUAUAGUCGAGCUACCAAAGUUGCAGAAUGAAGCUAUUAGGCUUUUGUGCCUGAACAUGGGCUAUUAUGCAGAUUCCCCCAAGAUGGAUCAGAUAACGCCUAGUGUUGCGGCGUUGAAGUGGGUAUAUGAACAUACCGAGCCUAGAUCAGCAUUACGGCAGUUUAUGAGCUCUGUGUUCCAGGACCGCGUGACGCUGGAGGGUUUGAAGAAGGGCCUAGGUUCAGGGGCAGAGCAGGCAGAGCAGGCAGAGCAGGCAGAGCAGGCAGAGCAGGCAGAGCAGGCAGAGCAGGCAGAGCAGGCAGAGCAGGCAGAUCAGGGUGAAUAUGAUGAUUUGCCUAUUGAGUUAUGGCAGGAUAUGUGUAGUGCAUCGAAGGGAUCUGGGCCGACGAAGGCCAAAAUCCAGAGCUUUUAUGUCAAGGAGUAA